AUGGCCAACUGCCGCCGCCGUCCAUGGCCGCCUCCGCCCAAUCUCGUCUUCCUCCUCCUAAUCAUCGCCAAUUACCCCUCCGCCGCCGCCUCCGGCCUCUUCGCGAGCUUCACAACCACCCCCGCCACCGGCCCCGAAGAAGUUGAAAGCAUGAUGACAGCACUGAGAAGCCACGGUUCGACGCUCUUCAUCAACGCCAUCGCCACUUCCGACCUCAAAUACGAGAUCUUCGCCGCUUCCCCCGCCGCCGUCGCCGCGCCGUUCACCAUCUUCGCCCCCAAGGACACCCUCCUCUACGCCCUCGACAUGAUCUCCGACUCCGACACCUACAUCAGCACCCUCCGCUACCACGUCGUCCCCAAACAGCGCCACACCUACCUCGACCUCGUAAACCUCUCCUCCCCCUUCCUCGACACGCUGCUCCCUCACUACUCCGUCUUGAUCGGAAAGACUCAGCAGGACGACGACGGCGACUUCUCGAUCAACACCAACGCCACCUCCGUCGCCGUCCUGGUCGACGGCGUCCGAAUCACCUCGCCGGAUCUUUUCCUCGGAUCCACCAUUGCCGUUCACGGCAUAGACGGAAUUCUCGUCACCGGGCUCAACAUGUACCAAGAUUCCGAUAUAUCAUCGCCGGGAAUCUUCGACGGAGACCCAGCUGCAACUCUAUCUCCGCAGCCGCUGCUGUCGCCGGACUGGUCGGAGGACUGGAAAAACAGCAAUGCACACUCCCCAGCACCUGCACCUGCACCGGAAGAAUCUCCCAAGAAAAAGAAGAAGAAGAAUCAUGGCCGGAAAAAGAAUAAUAACAAUAGCAAUCGGAAGCGAGAGAAACGGGAGAAUGGACACCAUGGCCGCCGGAGGAGGCACCGGAGACUCCGAGGUCAUCGUCUUGAUGAUCUCUAG